AUGAAGUUACUGUGCACUUGGCUUGUCUUCAAUUUGUUCGCCACGCUGUGGCUGAAUGCUGUCUGCGAACGCCAGCGCUUCGAUGACUACCGUGUCUAUCGCCUGCUGCCCGAAAAGGAGGAGCACUUGACGGUACUAAAGCCUCUAGAGGCGCAUAAGGAUAAUGUGAUCUUCAUCGACACUCCGAAGCUGCGCAAAAUGGAUGUGCUGGUCAGGCAGACUUAUGAGGAAAAGUUUCUGUCGCUGUUGCGAGAGGCGGGCAUACUUCAGCAGCUGCUGGACGACAAUCCACAAGCGACUUUGGAGCUGGAUAUUGAACCCGUUGCAGAUGCGAAUAGACGCAGCGACGACUAUAGCUGGACCCAGUACCAUGAGCUGAACGACACCUAUCAGUGGCUGGAAAAUAUGGCUGGCAAAUAUCCCGAAGUUGCCAGCGUCUUUGUCGCUGGCCAGAGCUACGAGAAUCGAGAGUUGCGGGGCUUGAGAAUUGCUUAUAAAGCGGAGCAGGAAGCUGACACCCGACAAGCUAUCUUCCUGGAAGCUGGCAUGCAUGCACGCGAAUGGAUAAGUCCGGCGACUGCCAAUUACUUUGCCAACGAACUGUUGACUUCGGAGCAGCCAGCAAUCCAGCAAUUGGCACGCGCCUACAUCUGGUACAUACUGCCCCAUGCCAAUCCCGAUGGCUAUGUCUACACCCACACGCAAAAUCGUAUGUGGCGGAAGACGCGUAGUCCGCAGGCCAAGGAUUGCUUUGGCACUGAUCCGAAUCGUAAUUGGGGCUUCCAUUGGCGUGAGGUGGGGGCUAGUGCUGAGCCUUGCUCGGAAUCAUAUGCGGGACCGAAAGCCUUCUCGGAACGUGAGACUGAGACGCUGUCGCAGUACCUGAGAAGCUUACCCGAACCCAUUUUCAUGUACAUUGCCAUGCAUUCGUUCUCGCAACUGCUGCUUUAUCCCUUUGGGCACACUUCAGCAUUGCCGGGGAAUCAUCGCGACUUGGACAGGAUAUUCAGUGCAGCCGUUUCGGGUAUGAAACGACGGUUCGGUACACGUUAUACGGGAGGAAAUGUUUAUGACGCUAUCUAUCCGGCUGCCGGCUCUAGCAUGGACUGGGCCUAUGGCGAAUUGGGUGUAAAAUAUGCCUUCACCUAUGAGUUGCGUCCGUCGGGCUAUAGCUUCUGGACAGGAUUUCGACUGCCUGCCUCACAGAUUGUGCCAACGGGCCAGGAAACCACAGACUCACUGCUGGAAAUGGUUAAUGCAGCAAAGGCCUUAAGCCCUUAA